AUGGCACCUAGCACAGACAAGCUCAGUUCAUUACCUCACUCUUUACUCUCUAACAUUGUUUUCUUGAUAUCAUUCAAGGAAGCAGUAAGAACUUCAAUCCUCUCUAAAAGUUGGAUAAACAUUUUUAAGUUUACAUCCAACAUAGAAUUUGAUGAAGUGUUUUUUGUGAAAUAUGGUCAAACUUAUCAAGUUAGACAAGCCCAAAGAAAGGCUUGUCUGGAGUUUGUGACUCUUUGGAUGACUAAUCACACAGAAACUAUUGUGGAUAAGUUCUCUUUGAGAUUAUCAUUUCCUGGGAAAGCUAAGAGGGUUGUGAGAAAAUGCAUUACCUUUGCCACAAAACACAAGGUGAAGGAGUUGGAGUUGGACUUUUCUGACCCAACGUUGGAUUGUUAUUUUGCUACAAAUUAUACUAAGCAUAAUGCCUUGUUUGAAUUGCCAACACAUGUUUAUGGUCACACUUCCCUUGAAUCUUUGAAGUUAUUUUCCUGCAGCUUUAUUGAAACUGAGUUCUUUAACUUUCAUGCACUCAAAAAAAUUUCUUUGGGUUGGAUGGAAGUGAAACUUAAUACUAUUAAGACCUUGUUGUCUAAUUGUGAGGCGCUUGAGAGUUUAAGUCUCAAGAGGUGUUGGAAUUUUGAUGACUUUGAUAUAGGGGAGGAGAACCUAAGGUUGAGAAAGUUGAUCGUGGACAAGUGCAUAUUUAGAUAUGAUAGUCGUUAUUUUAUAGUAAAUGCUCCAAACUUAAGAUAUUUCUAUUAUUCUGGGUUGAAUAACGACUUUUUGGUCAUGGACGUACGUUCCCUUGUGAUGGAAGAGGAAGUUCUUGAAUUCUGCAUUGAGUUCCAAGGACAUGUUCUAUUUCUUUACAAACUAGUGAAAGAUAUCUCUGACGGUAGUACUUUAAUUGUGGGCAAUUACUUCCUUCAGGUUGUUCCCACUGGAGGUUGCCUACUCCGAAUGCCACGUAGCUUAAAUGUGAGAAGUUUGGAUUAUGAGUUACCUGACAACUUUAACUUUGAGAGGUUUUGGAUUGAUCAUGCAAGGGCUUAUAAUUGCAUGAUAUAUGCUCUUAGAGAGGUGGAGAUUAAGGACUUCAAGGGAUCAAUGAAUGAGAUUCGUCUAAUUACCUAUUUCAUCACUAAUGGAAAAGUCUUGAGAAAGAUGACUAUCAACAUAUUGAAGGAUGAUGUUGCUAAUCAAGAUGAGAGCAUGGAUUCUUACUGUUGUAAGAUGAUUGAAACGUUAGUGUCUCAAAGAGCUUCAAGAGAUCUAGAGAUUUCUAUUUGUUAG